AUGUUUCACGUUAACAAAGCUUCGGUCCGCGGUGUUGAGGGUCAUACCCUCCGCGAGACCGACAAGCGCGACCGCUUUUGGUGGCACUAUCCUGGUCUUCGCAGUCUUAACUUUCUUUUACUUGGCUGUAUUGUUUGUGAUAUGACCAAUGGAUAUGAUGGAUCUAUGCUGAACGGGCUUCAAUCACUCCCGUCAUGGCAAGAGGCCUUGGAUCAUCCGACAGGUACUCGUCUCGGUACGAUUUCUAACGGCACGAGAUAUGGACAACUUGCCGCUCUCCUCAUCGCUGCUCCCUUGAUUCAAUGGCUUGGACCUCGACGUCCAAUUACAAUUGGCUCUCUUCUUCUGCUCAUCGGAGUUGCGCUUCAGGCCAGCGCCCAAAAUUACGCCAUGUUCGUGUUCGCUAGGUGUCUGAUUGGCUUCGGAAAUACGAUCCAGAAUACAGCAUGCCCGAUCUUGGCGAGCGAGCUGGCUCAUCCAUUUCAGAGGACACAGAUCAUUGGUAUUCAGAAUACAACUGGCUCACUAGGCCAAAUUAUGGCGGCAUGGAUCACUUACGGAACUUCAUUCAUCGUUGGAUCUUGGUCAUGGCGACUUCCUUCGCUUCUUCAGGCAUCAUCUUCCUGUUUCCAACUGGUCAUGUCUUUCUUCAUUCCCGAGUCACCUAGAUGGCUUGUCUAUCAGAACCGCAGCAAAGAGGCAUACGAGAUUCUGGCCAAGUAUCACGCUGAAGGCGACGAGUCUUCGCAACUUUUACAAUAUGAGAUGGCAGAAAUCGAAGCGGCGAUUGAGGCAGAGAAGGUGCAAGCAUUGUCUUCAUGGAUGGGAUGGUUCCGAACCGCCGCUAAUCGAUACCGACUCUUCAUCAUUGUGACAUCCGGUUUCAUCAUUCAAUGGUGUGGAAAUGCCUUACUGUCAUACUACAUUCAUCUCGUCUUCAACUCCAUCGGUAUUACCAACAGCAAGCAACAACUCCUUCUCAAUGGCGGUAUCACUAUCAACGGUUGGGUUUGGGGCAAUCUAUUUUCGCUCUUCAUCGACAAGAUAGGCCGUCGCCCCAUGUGGCUGAUUGGUAUGAGUGGAAUGUUUGUCGCAUUCUUGUUGCUCACAGUAUUCACGGGAGUCAACACAAGCAUCAAUUACGAGAACCAUGCUCUCGGCCGGGCUACUAUUUUUACCAUUUUCCUCUUCGGCGUCUUUUACAAAAUGCCUGGCUGUAUGCUCAACUCGUACGUUGCUGAGGUGGCGCCCUUUGAUCUGCGUGCCAAAGCUUUUGUCAUUUCUAGCUUUGGCGAUGCAGCGGCGAAUAUCUUCUCGGGGUACACUAAUCCAAUUGGACUGGCGAAGAUAGGUUGGAAGUAUUAUAUUGUUUGGUGUUGUGUUCUUGUCAGCAACUUUUGCAUCAUAUACUUCUUUUACCCUGAGACCAAGAACCUCUCACUGGAGGAAGUUGCGCAACUCUUCGACGGCCUUAACUCUGUCGAGGCAAAGCUUCACGAAGGCGCCGAGGAGGUUGACGAGAAAAGAGGCGAGAUUAACGAGGCUACGACUGCGGUUCAUGUUGGAUGA